AUGAGGCAGAAACUCGCCCCACGUACGGUUCGGAGGCCGAGCCCCACCCCAGCAGUAAUGGUGCGGCUUAGGUCAACUAACACAAAGAAGAUACAGUUCACUCAACGAUUGCCUUUGGGUUCCGAACUCCAUAUGGGGAAGGAGCGUUGUUGUUUCCGAGGUCUCGAUCAUUUACAUGGACCCACUUCUCAUUCCAUUUGUGGGAAUUUUAUGAUCUAUAAACCGUCCCUAACGAACGAUCGCCUCAUGUUUGAGCAUGAUGAAUCACUUCGUGCCGACCUGUUGCCAAUAAACUUUCCGGCCUCAUAUGAGAAUGGAAAACUGGAUAAUUUUCUGCAUCGGUGGAUGAAGAAUAGCGAAAAUAAGAAUUUAUGGUUGACCAUGUUCCCAGAAAAAAGAUACUUUAGAGAAACAACGAGCACGACUGAAGUGGCUAUACAUACAAAUCCAUUUACGGAUAGAUAUGCUUCGAUUGGAACUGGAAGUUCCAGAACAGGCGGCUGGUAUACCACCAUAAUUAAACUGCCUUUUAUUUUUUUUAUUCGGAUAGGAUUUAUGUUGGCUUCGUCGGGAGGCUCGCGUAGUUUGUUACGUCAGCUCCAAAAGGAUAAGUUGCGUUGGAAUCGAUAAAGUUCCGUGGAAUUCUUAAUUGCAUUAAAAAAAUCAAAGGAGUCUUCAACCCUCUCAAUCAAUAGAGGCUAGAUCGGACUAAGGAGAGAGACGGUUGAGUACGGAAGCGAAAGCGGAGAUAUAGGCUAGCUAAAUGCCCUGUGAUAAUACUGACAUGAGUCAGGAUAAAUCCGAAUGACUAGUGGCCAUAACUCAUUAAGCAAUCUUAACCUUUUUCGCUUAGCCUUUCCUCUUUCUACCGUUACGAGAUGCAGUAUCCUCUAACGUCUUUGCUUGGAAUUCCGGUGUUCAGCCCGCGGCUGAAGCAGAGAACCGCACAUCUUCCCUCGAGCAAGGAGAGGGUCUCGGAGCACAUAGAGGAGCAGUCCGUUUAUAAGGACUUUCUGAGGGAUCGCUUUCAGCUGGAUCGAGCUCUCAUGCUGAUCGGAGGAAUGCCAAUCUCUCUUUCUUUUCUGAGAAAGCACUCUUUUUCUCUUUGUUGCAAAGUCGUCUUAUGAUUCCGAAUUCCCUUCUUGAAGGUUGCGUCAUCAGAGAAGGUCCUUGUUCUGUUCUGGCAGUCAGAGUGAUGGCUCCUCAUCCUCGACAGAGCAAUGUUAGGUUUCUGAGACAGUUGAAGAAGAACCCCAAGUCUCAGGUGAUGUAGAUAAUAAGUCCAAAGAUAGAAGGUGAUCCUAAUUACAUUGAACCAAUGGUUAUAGUUAGACUUAUGGAGAAGGCUAUUAUGCUUCUUCACUGCCAUCCAGAUGGAUAUGCUAAAGCAAAGGGUGCAGGAACAUCUGAUACAAAGGUAGAGACUAUAAGUAAAGAAUCGGAUAGGGUCAAAAAGGGAGUAAUUCCUAGUCAAAUAAACAAAAAUGAAGAAUAAAAGCAUGUAGUUGGGAAUGCUACUGAGGGCUAAUCCAGAGUGAAAAAGGCGAUGGCGCUUGCCGUAGAAAGAGAUUAGACCGGUUUGGUACUCCAACUACCAAUGAAAAAAAGUUUUCAAUACAAAUCCGUGAGUUGAGUCUAGUCAUGCUGCUUCAAAAGAAUCCUCUGGGUCUUUUAUUCCUAUCUGGUUCUCUGGAACCAACCCCUAUGUUCAUAAGCACACUGAGCCUUUCAAUAAUAUCCAUCCAAUAAAGAAAGAUUGAAAGAAAGUUUUAGACAUAAUUAACUACACUUACUAGUCGUUGGGCUUUUCCAGCCAGGCAAGCUCGGGAAAAUAGGAUUCAUUACUUAACUCCUUAGAGUGAAGCGCGUUUAUAAUGUCAGUAAGCAAAGACUCUUUAUUACGGUCUCCGGAGAAAGGUCUGAGAAGGAUCACCCCUGCGCGGGGACCUAAGCCCGGAAUUCCGGAAGAUGAAGACUUUAUCGAUUCCUACAUCUUCCCCCCAACCACAGUCGUUAGUAGAUAUUAUGGGCCUUUUAAUUCCUUGCUUAUGGAUGGGAACAUGCCUUCUGUUAACCUCCCCUCCGGAACUUCUUCAACCAAUUAGUCAAUCCGCCUUUCCUUUCACUCUGCCUCUUUUUCUGGGUUGGGACUUGCGAUUGAUUCGCCGAGCGGGAGUGACAUGACUUUUGCAGCAAGGGUUCAUGGAGAGAUUGAGCUUUCCUCAAUAUAACUAUAGAGAGCCAAUCUUAAACCUAUCUUUCUACUUUCUUGCCUCUAAACCGGGUCGAUAAAGCGUUUAUCCUAGCUCAUCACUGCUUCAGUUAGCUCAUCCUAUCCUAUACCACCAGCCAAGCAUAGAUAAAAGAUAUACGCGCUUCUCCUUCAUAAAAGAGCGAAAAGGCCAUUUCGAAUUCUGCUUAAGCGGAUUAAGAAGGAAAUUAAGCCCUUGGCAGAAGGGGUACAGGUAGUACGCGUACUUGGUGGCAGAAGACAGAUGAAAAGGAAGGGCCAGAUCGAAAGUUCCCCAGGACAAACCUGUUAGGAAAUGCCCCAACCCCUGAUGAAAGAGCUUUUCCUAGCGGCUUUUAUUAGAGACAGGAGGGGGUUCACCCCAAAGCAUUCUCCAAAACCAAGACCGCCGCUCCGAAUCGAAAGAGGAGACAGACAAACUCUAUUCGGAAAGUAUUCCCGGAGAAAGAGAAGAACCUUGUAUGUAUACUACGAUAUACGUGCAUACUCCAAUGCAGCCUUCCAGGCCCGCGAGAAUAAGUGAUCGGACUAGGAUAAGGUUGUUAGGCUGAGGUCAAGUAAUUCCUGCUACUUAGUCGGCAGUUUGACCAACUGCCUAAAGGUCGAAAUAAAGAAAUGCAAUUGGCCCUGGCUAUAUGCUUAACACUUAGCAAUCGUACAAUGCAUACUCUCUAUCCCGGAAGGAUAAGUCGGUAAUCGAUAACCUAAGCCGCUACUCUCGCCCUUAAUGUACUACUAAUCGCUCACUCGCUGACCCAGCUCUGGCACGCUUGCUUCCAGUCGUAUGUAGCAGGUUAAGGGUGCUAAUAACUCAACCAAACAAUAAACUAACAAAGACUAUGAAACUAUGGCUACACAGCACAAGUACUCAAUCAUUGAACUAGGCCAUAGGGAUUCAUUCAAUGCUUAAAGUGAGAGCUCAGGGUUGAGUUCAACUAGUAAGUAUUGGGUUAAUAGGGUAGAUAGCUUGGAUCUUUUUUUAUCCUGUUAGGAGAGGGUGAAUGCACAUAGAUAGGAUGCACGCUCAGAGUGUACUGCCGUCCGAGGAAAAGAUGCGAUACAAAAGAGAAUUAAAGGUGUACUGGAAGCAAAGACUGCUAGGCGAACAAAGAAAUGAAUUGACGAGAUCCCAAAGGAACCAUCUGAAUUCCAACCUUUUGUCUAACCGUUGGAAAUAGGCAAGCUAGCUCUUAUUCGCUAUCUGAACUAGCGCCCUCUUCUCUCAUCAAUUCAUAAAUCUUAUCUUUCGAUUCCCUACUCUAGACCUUCUGAAAAGAAGAAAGAACGUAUGUAACAAAGUGAGCCGGACCCCUCCUAGUCUAUGCCUAGGCUUCCAGAAAGGAAUGAGAAUCCAUACCAUAUCCCGAUACGCGCAGACCGCCCACCCUAUGAUUCCAAUUGAGGCUCUGCAAGACCUUACCUUUUUGGUUUCACUGCCAUUACUCACGAUUUGAUGGCACCGCUUCCCUCUAUAUAACAUAUUUUCGCUAUCUUGUGCAAUCAUAAAAUCUGCCUAUUUUCAAGCAUUAUCGACUCGCUAUUCCUCGUCUUUCAAUGUGCAAAUAUCAAUGUACGACGAGGUCUACCACCUCUUGUCCUAACACUAGUUCAUCUCGGUAUGAUGAUGGGUAGUCACAACAGCAAACGAAGAAUGAAGCCUUUUUAGACUAAAAGCCCACUGAUAAAGAGGUAUUGUCAUCAAGCUAGUCUUUCACACCUAUGAAGUUGUCUUGAAUGAGUCCUCCUUUGGCCGGUUCAAGUGCUUUCCUUUUUUUUAAUAAUAGGCAGGCGCAGGAAAAUCUCAGUCGCAUUCACCGGGCGCAUACCAUAUCUUAGGUCUCGAGCUUAAAUUGGCUUCAAACCCGCUUUUCUCGCGUGGCCCUCCGGCAAAAAGAAAAGAAGCUUCAAUCUGUCCAAUUUCGCCCGAGAAGGAGUGCCGGUUUUGGAUUCUUUUUUUGCCCGCGCGUAGUUCCUUCCUGCCCAUGCAUUCCUUCUGUCUGGGUAUAGGGUUGGGGGGGAAGAAAUAAUUGGGAUUGGAAGGGAGUGCUCUUUAUAUCAUUGAUUAGUGCCACUAUUUUGAUCCUGUUUAACCCCAGUUUGAAACUCUAUUUAGGAAAUGGCGUAUAAUAAGGUAACACCUCUUUCGUUCAGUGACUAUUGUGAUCCAUACUUUAUGGUGGUGACUUCUUCUUCCCUUUCUUGCACAGGUUCGGCGGAGAUUAGCCCAUCUGGAACAUUUCUCAUAACAAUGUUAGGAUCUAAAGACGGUUUCUGAACAUAUUGCUUUGGCUGUUUUAGCCUCCUUUCGGAAGAGAAAAAGAUAUUUUUCCUGCUUCGACAAGGCUCCUCACGGGUAUUUGGCCCGUAGGCAGGAAAGAAGAAGAGACUUUCCAACACAAUAAGUCACAAUAAAGAGAAUCCGCGAGACUGCGACACUAGGGAAAGAGGGAUAGCUGGGAAAAGAGGCGGAAGUCUCAGAAGAAGAAUUCGGAGUAGCGCAUAUAGUGGCUUGCUGUGUAGCUCCGCUAGACGACCGAUCACCCCUUGCCCCAACCCCUCUUGAGAGGGUGGUUUGCUUCCCUUCCUCUUUUGAGGACGAGAUGCCUUUGAAGUCAUCCUAGAAUAGCGAAUCACUACCGUACCCCGACUCGUAACCACAGAAGCUACGGUUGUCAAAUGUCUUUCCGUCAUACCUAAAAAGAGAGUCAAUCUUUCCAGCCCUAGAAAAGAGGGAGUGGUCUAUUUGCUUUGCUUUUAGAAUUCUAGAAAGCUAGCGCCUUCCAUUCCAAGGGGGCCGGCCGUAAGAUAGGCUAGGCGGAGUACUCGCUCUGAAGCAGGUUUUCUUCGACUGGAUCAGUGUUAUUUGAUUUUCCAUUCAGCUCAUACAUAUGUCGAUUCUUAUUAAUGGUUCUCCAGCGGGCUAUUUAACCUGUUCGCGAGGAGUUCGACAAGGAGACCCUUUCUCUCCGUUGUUAUUUUGUGUUGCAGGGGAAGUGCCGAUAUAUUGACCUUUAAGCUCGGCGGGUUCUUUGCAUUUGUAUCGGUCCGGGGUUUGCCUUUCCCGUCCUACUUAUUGUAUGCUGAUGACAUUCUGCUUUUCUGCGCGGCAUCUAUCUCUAAUGCCAAGGAGAUUCUUAAGAUCUUGAAAGACUAUGCUGAAAUUUCAGGCCAGUUCCAUAAUCCUGACAAGACAAGUCGAAGGUCUUCUUUGGCUCUCGACUCUCUCAUUGGAAUCUCAUUCAUCGUAUAUAAUGGAUCUUGGUUAUCCAAACCAAAUUACCUAUCUACCACAACAUCUCUCACAUCAGCGUCAUCACCUCUUGGUUGGGCGCUUUCUACUACUUCUUAAGUUCUCUAUAACUUCAAUUCUAUUUCACACAUGAGAGUUUAUCCAAUUAGAUUAUGAUAUGCCCGUACCCGCGUGGCGAAGAUGCUUCGACUAAGUGCUCCAAGCUCUGCCCCGCCAUAGCUCUUUCGGGAAAAGUGACUUGCGAGGUUGCCGAGGGAUCAAGGUGACGCAACGUUGAGAAAUAAACCCCGAAUUCGUACUUUGAAAGGGCCUGUAUUCUAUUUAAGAGAGACUACCAGCUAUAUAUCCAUUGGUGGCACCUUCACCUUCUUGAGGUCUCUCACAUCAUCGGACCACUGCUUUGGCAUCCCCAUCUGAGUGUUCAGAUUCGUCCACUGGGAUGGCCUUGUCAUCAUCAUCUUUAACUGGAGAGAUGGACCGCGGAGCAUCUUCUCGACCUGGAGGAAUAUCCCGGAUUGGAGCAUAAGAUGGAGAUGCGGCAGACGCUCACAGAUCGCUUCCUAUAUUAGACUUCCAUUGCAAGUAAGAAUGAGUCGUCUUUCUCGAUUCCUGCGGCAGGAUUAGCUUCUUCCCUUUAUAGUGGCUUCUGUAAUUUUCACAGAAAAAGAGAAAUUCCCCCUAUCUCUACUUCUGCUAACGAACGCUAGAAUUGGGAUAUCGAGAAAGAGGGUAGACCGUAGAAGGUUCAACAAAGAAAAGCAAGUACAUUCGAGCAUUCGAUUCAGGCCCUGCAAGCCACGAAGCGAGAGCAGCUGCCAAAUAAAAGUUAAGAGGGACUCGUUGAAUGAAAUCUUAUAUAAUAGAUUAGCCAAUGAUCUCAUUAACAGAAGCAAAAGGUCAUAGACCAAAGAAAGGGGACGGGCUAUAUCCCACUAUGAACGAAAAGAUGCACAAGCUAGAUCCAUUAUCCAAUCCCUUGACUUGAACCUUAACUUAUACAAUCUGUAUAGUUAUAAUUCAUGUCCGAAUCCGGAACUAGGCAUUGAUUCCCAUCUCGGUCAAUCAAUCGGCCCUCCUAGGCGAGGAGGAGCAGCUAACUACUUUCUACAUAGCACACGUUCAGGAUAGGGGACUUUAGCAAGUACUGCUGUGAUCUUUGCCUUUAGCCUAGCAGUAGGAGGAUUCUCUAUUGCCGCUUUCAUGUGACCACGAAUGGCUCUUGUUCUCAGGAAUCCUAUCUUCCUAAACAUCGUCUCGCAUGCUCGGCCAGUAAGUACCUCUGCUUUUUUUGUCAAGGCCUAGUGGUCCACAUAAACCAUUUUGUGCCUAAUCUAAUAGCUAAUGUCGAAACUUCUGUACAUAAUGUACCAUGUGAGUCCUUCUCUUUCAGUUAUGGUGUAAUUGCGCUCUGUCGGUGACAACCUCCUACCCCACAGACAGUGAGUGGGAUGAUCCAGUUUGGAAGGCCCUUCUUGAACCAAUGUAUAAUAUAUAGCGGAUCCGAGAAAGAAAUCUAUCUCAGGGCGAAAGACAUCUUUUUGACCCGGGUCCCUAAGUCCGGUUUUAGCGAAAGGGGAUUUUAAACCCGAUGUCAUUUUCAAGAUUCGUCAUGGAAGGGAAAUCCGGUUGACGACAAGAGGGGGAUUGGUCGAUCAAGUGCCUUUUUCAUCCUGCCAUUGAUUGAACUAGGCAAGAUAGCGUACAUUGAACCAGAUGCCAUUUAACUUCUUGCUGUUGUCGACUUUGAACGAAUGCUUGGUGACCAAGAAAGGAAAUAGAAUAGGGGAUUUCUUUUUACUCUUGAGAGAUAUGCCAGUCCAGUGUUAGCAUCCGCUGUUUCCGCUCUUUUCUUUUCUGCUGUUGGAGGAGAUUGAUUUGACUUGCCUCCUUAGGUAGUUCCGUUACCCGAGGGGGAAGGUCGGGGUCUUUGCUUUUGCUGGUCGAGAUGCUAGGCUUUCUAGCCACGGUAAAGCCUAGAAGGAAUCAGUCUUCGCCUUUU